AUGAGGCUGAGGAUCGGUUCGGGAGAAACAUGGGACAUAAAAGUCGAGCAAGCGGACGACGGGCAUUACUACUUCACCAAGGGCUGGAAAGACUUCGCCCUAGAUUUGAAGCUCGAGCGCUCUGACUUUGUCGGUUUCACGUUCGACGACAAUUCGACCUUCGACGUAACCGCAUGGGGGUCCGACGGGUGUGGGAAGGAAUAUUCCUUCCCACAUCCUUACGUCGUUGUUGACGACGACUCCUCAGAAGACGAGCUGCUCGAACAACAAGAAGAAGAGACGAACGUGAUCAACCCUAAGUUCGUCAUCGUUUUGCAGCGGUCGCAUAUUUCAAGAGUGAGCAUAUGCAAGAACUAUGCGGAGGAGGCUGGUUUGAUAGGGAAGAAGAGGGUGUUUUUGGAGUAUCAGCCGGGCGGGUAUCGUUCGAGUGUGGCGCUCGAUUUUAGGUCGAAGAAUAUGAGGCUGAAUAAAAAUGGUUUCAGGCUUGAUUUCGCAAAGGGUUGGCGUGAUUUUCGGAAAGCGACUGGGAUGCACUUUUACCGAACUUAUUCGUUCGAGUUCAUUCCUUGGAAGGGGGUGAUUCAGGUUAAGGAGGUCUGAAGAAG